AUUUCUCUAUUGCCUGACAUGUUUUCAGCGUUUGUGAGCUCUUUUCCGCUACCGCGAGCGGCCCCCACACGACGGGCGACUUGCGGUGCGAGACCGCGAUGCGUGCCAAAGGCGGGAGCGGAAAGCUGGGACAAAGCGGCGGCCUGGGAGAAAACACCACAGAUGCCAUCAAAGGGGGUUCAAGAAAUCGAGUUCAUCAUCAAACAGGAUGGGACAGUCGAGGAGAGAGUGACAGGUCUUCGAGGGAAGAAUUGCAUCAAGCUGACGGAGAAAAUUGAAGCGGCGUUGGGGCGCGUGACGUAUACGGAGAAGACUGAAGAUUACUUUGAGACCGAGUACAACACCGUGCAGGAAACGCAGGAGGUGAAGAACAUCGUGCCGCCGGAGGACCCGCUCUACGUUUCUGACCCGAACAUAUCGUCGUGGUGAUGUGCUGCCUCUGUGAGAGCACAAGUGGCGCUUUCGGUUGCUGAUGUAGAGUUUUGCUACGAGAUAGAAUUUUUGCACACUUGAGAAUGCAGAUGUGCGAGUCUGCUGCCACAGGGCGACCUGGAAAAGAUUAGGAUAACAUUUGUUUCUCACUCGGUACCGUGCAAUUGCCACGCUUGCAGUCACAAAGAUGUUGAGCAUGAG